AUGGACCAGAGGAAUGAUUAUGAGAAAACAUUGAACGCUUCACCAGAUUAUUCUGGAAAUGAAGGGAUGAAAAGAAGGAACCCCAAUGAUGAAAAAGAACCAAAUGGUAUUGGACCAGAUGAUACAGUUUACCGUUAUUUAUGUCCAUCGAGAAAAAUUGGGAGCAUUAUUGGAAUUGGCGGGGAUAUAGCGAAGCAAUUGAGAGCAGAAACCCACGCAAAGAUUAGGAUUAGCGAGACUAUCUCGGGAUGUGAUGAACGUGUAGUCACCAUUUAUAGCACAAGUGAUGAAACAAAUGGUUAUGAGGAGGACCCAGUUUCGCCUGCGCAAGAUGCCCUUUUUCGGGUGCAUGACAGGGUGGUCACUGAGGAGUCGCCUGUGAAUGGUGCAUUUGAGGAGCCUCUGCAAGUCACUGUGCGUUUUCUUGUGCCAUCUGAUCAGAUAGGUUGUGUGAUUGGGAAAGGAGGACAAAUAAUCAAGAACAUACGAAAUGAAACUGGUGCUCAGAUCAGAAUUUUGGGUAGCGAGCAUUUACCACCUUGUGCUCUGAGUUCUGAUGAACUUAUCCAGAUAACAGGGGAAGCUACUGUUGUGAAGAAAGCUCUAUACCAAGUUGCAUCUCGUCUUCAUGAUAACCCCUCAAGGUCACAGCAUUUGCUCUUGUCGGCAUCCAGCAUUUAUAGGUCUGGAAUAGCAUUCAACAAUCCAAAUGUCGGUGGCCCUCUCGUGGGUGUGAUUUCAUCAGUGGGUCCAUAUGGGAGUUCUUACACUGCAAAGGAGUUCUCACUUCGUUUGAUUUGUCCACCAGAAAAUAUAGGAGCUGUAAUUGGAAAAGGUGGUGUCAUUAUUAAACAAAUAAGACAGGAAUCAGGGGCAUUCAUUAAAGUUGAUAGUUCUGUUGCUGAAGGAGAUGAUUGUGUUAUUUCCAUAUCAGCAAAGGAGAUGUUUGAUGCUCCUUCCCGAACUAUCGAUGCGACAAUGCGGUUGCAACCACGGUGCAGUGAGAGGUCAGAGAGAGAAUCAGGUGAUCCUGUUCUCACAACGCGUUUACUUGUACCAAGCUCUAGAAUUGGGUGUCUUAUUGGUAAAGGUGGGGCUAUCGUUAAAGAGAUGAGAAAUACUACGAGGGCAAACAUCCGGAUUCUUUCUGACGAACAUGUUCCCAAAGUUGCAUCUGAAGACGACAAGAUGGUGCAGAUUACUGGAGACACGAAUACGGCUAGAGCUGCCUUACUACAAGUAGUGAUGCGCUUGAGGGCAAACAUAUUUGAGACUGAGGGAACUUCAUCUGGAUUUUCUACACCUGCCCCAUAUCGUCAAACAUCACCAGACAUGUCUGAUGGCCCAAAAUAUAUGGGUCGUGAUAAUAGAUCAAGAAAUCAUGGAUAUUCAACUUACUCAGGUGGUUAUGACUCCAAAAAUUUUCCACCAAGUGAAAGUUACGGGAGUUAUAAUACUUCACAGAUCGUUGAUGAAAGUGGUUAUGGAGCAUAUGGUGGUUAUUCAUCAAGUCAUUCUGGUGUCGCUGGGUUCUCUAGCCAGAAUCCAGUUUCUUCUGAAAAAUCUUAUGAUUAUUAG